GCACAGAAUAAGAGACUUAACAAACCUGUCAAACACACUCUUCAGCUCUUCAGUUUCACUCCAGCUAUCUGAUCAUGAUGAAGUCUCUCCUGAUGCUGCUGCUCUUUUGUCACACUGCAUCUCCAGAUAAAUACUACUUGAAUAUGAAUGUUUUGCUGUCAUCUGGAAUCCCGAAUGUCCAUGAAUAUGUGGGGAUGGACAUCUUUCAGGGUGUCUCCAUUUUUUACUUUGACAACAGCAUGGAAAGAGAAAGAGUUUUUCUUGACUGGGUGAAAGAUUUGAUAAAGAACAAAACACAUGAAUGGGAAGAGUACAUAAAGGGAUGUAUGGAUUACUUCCACACAUUGAAAGCUGACACCACCAGUUUUAAUCAGAACUCAAGCCAAUCAGAAGGUGGUUACAUUAUCCAGCAGAGUAUCAGUUGUACCUGGGAUGAUGAAACUGAUCAAAUUAAUGGUCAUUCUCGGUAUGGUAAUAAUGGAGAAGACUUCAUUGCAUUUGACAUGAUGACAUGGGUGGCUUUAGAUGCACAGGCGGAGACCAUCAAAAAGGAAUGGGAUGCAAAUGAAAGUCGUAAUACCUUUUGGAAAAACUUCAUCAAAGCCGCUUGCUUUGAUGCAUUAAAGAAAUAUUACAGCUUUGGGAAGAGCUAUGUGAAUAGGAAAGAGCUUCCUUCGGUGUCUCUCCUCCAGAAGACUCCCUCCUCUCCAGUCAGAUGCCACGCCACAGGUUUCUACCCAGACAAAGGCCUGAUCUUCUGGAGGAAGGAUGGAGAGGAGAUCCAUGAAGGUGUGGAGCACGGAAACAUCCUUCCCAACCAGGAUGAAUCCUUCCAGAUGAGUGUUGACCUGGAAAUGUCAUCAAUCCCAUCUGAAGACUGGAUGAGAUACGACUGCAUGUUUGAGCUGCCUGGGGUUGAAAAUGUCAUUAUCAUGAAACUGGACAAAGAUGUGAUUGAGAGCAACUACAAGGAACCCGGAAUCCUAGGCAAAGAAGUGAAUCUGUCUGAGAUUAGCAUCAUCGUCACUGCUGUGAUGGCCAUUCUUAUCGUGAUCGUCCUCGCUGUUUUAGGAUUUAUGACUCACAAAAAAACAAUGUUAAACGUGAGACCGGAUACACCAUCUUCUGACACCGUCUCUCUCUAAACAACUCGAUCCAGAAAACAGACUAAAGAAACCUGCAUGAAGCACCAUUGUUGCAUUUACUGUAUCUGUGAAAAAAAUAUUUUUCUACCACAUGUAUUAAGAUAAGUGACUUGUUUAUAAAAUGAAUAAGUAAUAUAACAUAGACCGAGCCUUUUUAGCUCAUUUGUUAAUAAAUGGCAAAAGGUUGGAGGAGCUUUUUCUAUUUGUCCAGAAGGUUUAUUCUUUUACUAACUUGUAUUUAGAUAACUGUUCAUGAGUCUCAGGAAAAAUAUUGUCUAUAAAUUUCACUGUAUUCGUCCUUUUAUUUGAACCACAAAAAAUAUCCUUUUGUUUGAUUUACAUUGUUACACACAAGAAUCAGUCAUAAACGUUUUGAUUCAACUGUAGCUAUGUAAUGUAUAAGUUUUACUUGUAAAGCUGUAAAUAAAACAUUGUCUGUUUCCAUGAUGACCAGUUAUCUUAACCAGCCUUUUAAUUUCAUGAGAAUCCUGCAGCAUCGACGUGGUCCAUCAACAGAGCUCAUUAAACAGUCAGGUACAGUGGGGAG